AUGUCAUCAGCAAUGAGGGAUCACAAGAUCGUUCGCAGAAUGAAAAACCUUCCUGGACAUAUAACGAGGGGUAUUUCAAAGGCAAUGGGAGAUGUUAUAAUCUGCGUGAGAAUAGGAAGAAGAAGAAGAAAUCAACACACAAAUUCUCCAUUGCAGCCUCAAGUCCUUCCACAAGUAGAAGAUAAUAAUAACCUUGUAGUUCCAGAAGAGUGGGAUUUUCUAAUCAGUUUUGAGAAGCAAUAUGGCAUGGAACAUCCUUUCUUUUAUGCUUGUAGUUUCAAGGAAAUGGCCAAGUUAGCAGAGCAAGAGCAGAAGCUAAUGUUCGUGUACCUCCACUCACCAGACACCCCUUUUGCAGAUAUGUUCUGCGAGAAAACCUUGUGUUCUGAGUUAGUAACCAAGUUUCUUGAUGAGAAAUUUGUUUGCUGGGGAGCAUUUGCUGAUAGAGGCGAGGGUCUGCAAAUGGUUUCAACGCUACUCCCUAAUAGCUUCCCCUGUUGGGCUGUCAUAAACCCUUCUCAUAGUUUUGGCAUAACAGUGCUGCAACAGCUGGAGGGACCACUAUCACCACCUGAGCUAGUGGAGAUUCUACAAAGAUCAUUGGGAAAGCAAGGUAUGGCUAUUGGAAGUGAUAAAGUUCAGCAGGAAGAAAAGAUCCAAGCAGACCGUAGGCUUAGAGAAGAACAAGACAUUGAAUAUCAUGCAGCUUUGCAAAAAGACCAGGAAAAAGUCAAAAGUUUACUCUCAAGAGAGAGAGCUCAGAAGACAGUGGAAGCUUCGAACACUAGAAAUGAUGGGAAGCUCAGUAAACAACAAAACAAAACGAACGAGUCUACUAACGAAAAACAAGACAAGGGAAUUGCAAUGAGGGGAAGCGAAUCUGAGGCCACGCAGAUACGGAUAAGGUUUCCAAAUGGGGAAAUGAGAGAGCACACUUUCCUGUGCACGGACAAAAUCCAGUCCGUUUUCUCAUACAUCGAUUCGUUGGGUUUGCUAGGGAUUGGGAUGUAUAGAUUGAUAUCAAACUUCCCAAGAAGAGUUUAUGGUGUUGAUCAAAUGAAAAUGACUCUCAAAGAUGCUGGCUUGUAUCCAAAUGCUAGCAUGUUCCUGGAGCUUGUGAACUAGAGUUCUAUAACCAUGUUCACAUGCACAUGUGAUAAUUCCCAAACCUAUUUUUUUUUUUUUAUUAUUAUUUGAGUUUAUUAAUUUUGUUUAAAGGUAAAGUUGAUCUUGGUGUUGACCUUCAGUUUAUAAUUCCGAGACCAUU